AUGGGAACGGACCGGUGCGAGUUGCGUUGUGGAAACUAUGCGAUAGAAAAAGUUGGCGAACGGGCCCGUAUGGGGUUGGGAUGUGCAGAGGAUAGCGGGAGGGGGAGAGUGGGGGGGGGGUUUACAGGAGGACCUGUUGCGUCGCGCGCGGCGCUCCGUCGAUCGCUUUGUUAUGCUUGGCAAGCCCCCACGCCCGCGAUAGCGAGAGUUGCUGGUGCAGCCUCGAUGCUAACGUGGGAACGCUCGGUAUCAGUCGACUCCACGGCGUGUCCUCUAGCUCUGCGGAACGUGCCGCUGACGAGGCACUAUCCCAACGCUGACCAAAGUUUACCCCUGCUCUCGAAUAACACGUCCGCUUGUAAAGGCAAA